AUGAGUGAGGAGCCCCCCCAUUGCAACCACUUCGUGAUUCGUAAAAAGCGCUUUUGUCGCAUGACCGUCAAGCCGGGUGACACGUUUUGCGGGGAGCACCAACCGGCUGGGGCCACAACGGACGAUAAAAUCCGAAUUGUGUGCCCCCUUGACCCUAAACACACGUGUUACGCCCAUAAUUUGCGCAAACACUUGAAAAUUUGCAACGCGCGGCCGGGAGCCCCCGUGCCCUACCUCCAACCGGGGGUGAAUUCAGGUGGGGCACCCGAGGACCAUAAACUCCUGUCGGAGUUUGCCCCCAGUGACAUUGUCGCAGUUAUUGGGAAAAUUAAUACGAUUUUUGAGGAUUGUUUAAGGGGGAAAAUUACAAGUAAGUUAGAGGGGCACAAAGUGGUGGAGGCCGAAAUGGCAAAGCCCGAGUAUGGGGACAAGAGCAAGAAACACCUAAAACAGGCGUCGGCGAUUUUGGGGUUGUUGGACGAAAGUGGUUUGAUUAAACCCGAAACGUGUUUUGUGGAGUUUGGGGCUGGGAGGGGGCUGUUGAGUUAUUGGUUGGCUCAGGCGUGCCCCCAGGCCACUUUUCUCCUAAUCGAGCGCUCCUCCCCCAAACACAAACGCGAUAAUAAAUUGGAAAAAAGCGAUAAAGUCCGAAGGAUUCGGGCGGACAUUGCCGACUUGGUUUUAGAUAAGUUGGACGCUGUUUCGGGGAAUCCCAUUGUUGGGGUUACGAAGCAUUUGUGCGGAGACGCCACUGAUUUGGCCUUGAGAUGUUUGGCCAACGUUUCAAGCGUUAAGGUAGGGGGUCUCACUAUGACUUUUUGUUGCCACCAUAGAUGUCGCUGGCCGAGCUAUGUCGGCAAAGAUUUUUUUAAUCGAUUUGGUUUAACAAAAAAUGAUUUUGAAAUGAUGUGUGGUAUGAGCAGUUGGGCCACUUGUGGUACUGGCUUUAGCCGGGAGAAGAACCAAACUGGGGGCACUGUGGAGGGAAAUGACAGAGACAAGGAGAUUGGAGUCACCAGAAGCCAGAAGGAGGAGUUAGGGAGGAGGGCAAAAACAAUCCUAAAUUGGGGGCGCCUCCAGUUUUUGGAGGGAUUGGGGUUUGAAUGUCGACUACACUACUACGUCGAGGCGGACGUUUCGUUGGAAAACGUCUGUAUUGUUGCAAAAAAAUAAAACAAAUAAAUAGUU